AUGUCUGCCUCUUGUCCAGAUACCCUGGCCAACUACAUAUUUAGAAUUGCCGCGGAGCCAUUCACACCUAAGCCCCUCAUUGCAGACAUCCUGCGCACAGAGUACUGCCCACUGGGCUCUAUAUUUCUGGUCGAGGGGAUUGAUAUUAUACAUACUUCGAGGUCAAAGAGAUGGCGCGUCGUCCGCUUACUUCUAGGUGAUGGACAGCUGUGUAUCCAGGCCGUCUUGUCGGCUGAGAUGCAUCGGUAUGUCGAUGCUGGAGAUGUCGCUGUCGGGUCUUACAUCAAGUUGGGUGUCUUUCGGGUGGGAACUAACAGACAAGAUGCAAGAUCGACUAUUGCAGGCAACUUAAGGGAAAAGGCGGCACUGAAACAGGGAAGGCCGAUGGUUUAUCUAGUGGUGGAGGACCUUGUUAUGGUUGGCUGGGAUAACAGACUCCUCGAGGAACCAAACGAGGCUGAUGUUACGUCUGCCACUGAAGGUACCUUGAUCCAAAAAGACGAAAGGCGCAAGGGGGCCAAGGAUGCCGAGGGACAGCCAUCAGGUGCGCCAAAUUUGGCAACACCAGCCAAGGUUCACAGUGUUACAAUGGCGCCAGCGUCAAGUAUCCCCAAGACAACUGCAGACGCCGACCUCUUGAAAGAAGUUGUCAAAGCCGAUGAUGACUUCGAAUCGAAUACCAUAACAUAUCACAAAACGACACAGAAACAACUCGAGAUUACAGCUCAGACGUCAGGCUAUGUGGCAUCACUAGAUUCAAGACAUCUGCCCUGGUCAAGCACCGACCCCACCAAACCCUUGAAACUCACGCCCCUACGAAACAUACCUCAUCUUCCCUACAAGCAGAACUGGUCUGUCAACCUGCUCGCCAUUGUGUCGGCCAUUUCUGACCUAGAACCAUCGGCUCUGCCGCCGUUCAGCCAGAGGCAAGCUCGAAUCGCUGAUCCGUCGACGUCGAAACAUGUACACCUGACUGUCUUCUUGGACGCGGAGGAGUUCCACCCUGAGGUUGGUAGCGUGGUGUUGCUGCUCGGGGUUAAGAAUCAUCGGUUUGAUGGAGGAAGUGUGAAGAAGUAUGUUAGUGACCGGCCGAAAGAUGGGUCAAGCUGGUGGUAUGAGAACCCGACCCAGUUCUUAUGGUGCGACGUGGAGGGCUUGAGGCGCUGGUGGGACGAAGUUGGCACAGAGAGACACACUUGA